GUCACCAUAGUUGUCAACAACUCUCACAUAGCAACAUCUCACCCUCGAUCAUAUAUCGAAAGAUUGUUUCUUUUUUCAGAGGACGUGGUUGUUGAUACUUAUGUGAUAAUUAUGCGACAUCUCAACAGCCUGUGCAGGGGCCAGAUAUGUAACUGGAUCUACUAGCCUGUUUUAACAAGCUUGAGUAAUCUCGAAUUGAUGCAACUUUUUCGUCAUUGGACACAUAAGUCAUGUGACUAUGACCUGACACUCACGAAUCGCAUCUAGGUCACUUGCCCGGGUGAAAAACACCUCGCUCUUCGCAAAGAAUAUGGUGAAUGCUUAACCGUGGGAAUUAACUGACAGGAUAUUAGAAAUCAAGAAAAACAGUCAGCUAUGGUUUCCAAAGACCCAUUCCUGGAGCGACGCUGUGGACCAUGCCGGAUGUUGACGGUUGUCAUGGUGGUCCUCCUUAGUGCCACCAUCGUGGUCAGCGCCACGCUUAUAGCUACAACAUUUCCAGUUGGUGCAUCCAUUAACAAGAAGUUAACUGUUGGAGUUUCUUCAGACGCCUACUGUCUCGACAUCGCCGUGAUCGGCGGCGGCAUGGGAGGCGCCUACACGGGGUGGAGACUUAAGGACAGAGGUCACACAAUAUCCGUGUUCGAGUACUCGGACCGAGUCGGGGGGAGAAUCUUCACAGCUAAAGUUCCUACAGUUGCAGGCACGUACGUGGAGUUAGGAGGAAUGAGGUUUAAAUCCGGGGCUCACCCAAUAUUGAAUAGAACAGUGACGUCGCUGGGACUAAACAUCAUACCAUUUUCCUUCGGGUUUGGAAAUGCAGAUGAGACGAUCUGGUACACACGUGACACACACAUGCGCAAUACGGACCUUGGAACAAACAAGACACCCUUCAACCUCAACAAAGAAGAACAGAAGGAUCCUGAUACAUUAUUGUGGGAGCUGUUCAAGAACAACGUCAACAUCACCGAUACCUACCCCAGUCUGGAGCAAAUGUACUCCCUCACCACCUCGGAUGGAACGCCACUGUACCACAUGUCGUACGACAACUUCCUUGGACAAUAUGCCAGCAGGGAAGCCUACAAAUACGAGCUGGACACCAGUGGAUGGGCUGACGCUGUGGGUAGACAGGGGGCUCUCCACGGACCAAAGGUGUUUCUGUCAUACCCCGGGAAUACAGGACCAUCUGAAGGAUACAAGACAAUCGAGGGGGGAAUGAGCAAGGUUCCACAGACUCUCAUGGAGAAAUUCCUCGAGGCCAGCACAAAACACGAGCUCCACCUGAACCACCAACUGAUGAAGAUAGAGAAGAGACAGGCUGGAGGAUACAACCUCGGGUUCAGAAAGACUCAGACAACAGACGGAAUCACAACUCCUGUACAGACAGGUGACCCUAAUGUGGUGAUGUGUGCGAGGAAGGUAGUAUUGGCUGUCGAGCGGGAAUGCAUUCAGGAUAUUGACUUCCCUGGUUUCAAGGACAACCCGGAGAUUGUGAAGAACCUGGACUCUGUUUUCUCAUAUCCAGCUGGUAAAAUCUUCCUUGCCUACAACACCACGUGGUGGAAGACCGGGAACCCUGACAUCACCCACACCAGGAGUGACCUACCCAACAGACAGACCUAUGACUGGUCCACCGGCACCAACAACGUCUCCAUCAUCCUGGCGUCCUACCACGACGGGGACUUGGCACACUACUGGCGAGAACUGAGUCAGUUCGGGACACCCAUCCCUGGCAGUCUCCCAGGAGCGAAUGCCGUUACCGACGUCGUCAAGAAGAGAGUUGAGAAGUACCUGAGCGCCAUCUACAACGUCAGCCAAUCUGACAUCCCCGAGGCUGUGGGGGGCGCAAUGAUGUUGUGGGACAAGUAUCCUUUCCAAGCUGCAUGGAGCUAUUUCAAGCCCGGAUUUGACGAACGAAAAGUUCGCGAUUUGAUAGCCAAACCGUCCCCGUCCGAUGACGUGCACAUCGUCAGCAACUCCUGGGCUGCAGACGAUCUUCAAGGAUGGAUUGAAGGAACGUUGAGAGCUGUUGAUGUCGUCAUCAGCAAAUAUCUCCCUGAAAGUGGGUAGGCGUGAAGGAAUCAUUGCCUUUGUGGUUUGAAACAGUACAGUCCUCAGUAAUGAUUAUGUUGUUAAUUAUAGUUCGUAGUAAUAGCUAGAUAGCAGAAAAUUGUUUAAACUAAGUGAAUGAGUGAGAAUGGUUUUACGCCGUUAUUUGCAAUAUUCCAGCAAUAUCACGGAGGGGACAGCAGAAAUGAACUUCACAUAUUGUACCUAUGUGGAGAAUUCGACGUGAUGGGCGAAACAUUAACCACUAGGCUACCCCACCGUCCCGCCUAUUCUACGUAACAUGUCUCUCAUAGUGUUACCUUAAUAUAAUUGCAAUGUAUUCUUAUAUUUGCUUAUUCUGUAGUAGGGCUCCAUGUUGACUAAUGGGAGAAUAGAUGAGACAUGUGUUGUGUUUUUAUUCAAAGUGUAUUUUUAUAUUUUGCUGUAUCGUGAAAUGUGAUGUACUCAUGUACUCUAUUCAUAAAGGAUAUCAAGUGUU